AUGAACCAGUCGUUCAAAAGUGAGAAAGUGGUUGCCAAAGCUAAUGAAAAUGAAGCGUCAACUUCACAUGUUGUAAAGGACAAGUUUGUACCAUCCUACACAUAUAGCAGCUGGAGAAGGUUGCGUGAUGUUUGCCGUACAUUGCAAGAAACGCAGGAGAUUGUUGCAUUUCAACGAAAAAAACUGGAUGUACUGUUGGCAAGUGAGGAAGAGUACCGUGAGCUGGCCGAACGAGUACAGUGCGAAAAAGUUGAACUACAAGCAUUGCGAGAUUAUGUAGAGAAGCAGAAAUGUCGUAUAAUGACGUGUCGUAUGAAAUUAAUUCAUUUUAAUGACGAAAAAUUCCAGAAAGAUGUAAUGACUAAUAAACGAUCAAACGAAGUUAUAAAAAUGCAAGAAGAUUUAUUAAAACGGAAAGCAGCACUUUCUUUGGCAAAAGAUAAUUUGCUCUUGAUCGCUUCACAUCUGGCCUGGCGUCGAAGGAAGAUGGUUGAUGAUCUGAUGCAUAUUUAUGUCAUUAAUUUAAAUACAUCACCAAAAGCACGUUUGAUGCCUUCAUCGUGUGCUUGUCAUUCGAUAGCCUGUAUUACUGGUCUUCAUCUUCCGGAUGCUUUAUCUUUUCUUGGACAUUCCGAUAUAGAAGUAAGUGCUGCUGUAGGGUAUGUUGUUCAGACGUUAUCCUUACUUUCUCGAAUAUACAAUUUUCCAUAUCAAUACGGCAUGUUUUUCUUUGGCUCAAAAUCAACAAUAAAAGAUCCAAUACUUGAGGAGACAUAUCCUCUGUACGGUAUGACACGAAAUCGUGAAAAAUUUGAAGAAGGCAUAUCGCUGUUAAAUAAAAAUAUAUCGCAGCUUCGUUGGUCAUUUGGUAUAACCACGAAAAGAGUAGGACGGACUCUGUUUAAUUUGCAGGAUUUAUUGCUGCACAUUGUUAGUGGAAGACAUGACAGUUCCACGGAUCCAGUCCUUCAAAUACCGUCAAUUAGCUGCAGAAAUGUUGGGAAUGUAGAUAUAACUUUGCAUAAAUGUGCUGAAAGAAAUAAUGAGUUUAAUCAAGAAAACGAAUCAUCAAAAGUGGAUCCUCCAAGCAUUUGUAGGUGCUAA